UCUUUUAGUACAAUAAAUGUGAGAGUAGAAAUUUAAACCUCCAAUCUCAAAAGAAGUAGAUGCUUAAUUGGUGAGUUGUGCCCUUAUUAUAAUUUGAAGGUUUAAGUAAAGAAUUUAAAAGUUAAUCGUAUGGAGUGUGUUUGUAAUGCAUAACAAACUAGCCUACAUUUAAGAAAAUUGUGUGAGAAAAAACUCUCCCUAGAUCAUACAUAGUAACCCGGUGAGGAUAAUGGUAGAUCCAGACCUUUAUAUUAUUUAUAUGAGAAAAUAACUUUAAACGCAUUAAAAAGAAAGGGAAAAACACGAGAGUAAGGGAGGACUUGGUAGGUUGCCACUAGACUAGCAAGUUAAUUUUUAAACUUAAAUGAAAUAUUUUUAUAUAAUAUUUAGAUGCUAAAAGUUGAGAGGGUUAGACUUAAGAUAAAUUUAACCCUAUAAAGGAUAUAAUAGAAAUGACUUUCUAAAUAUUUAAAUACACUUUUUAAAGCACUCGGAAAGUUAAUUUAAAUCAGACUUAAAUCUAACUAACCCAUCAAAAUGUUGAUUUAGAGUUGUAGGGUUUACAUUGAUGUUGACAUAAGACACUCAUAAGAGGGAAAAAGAAACUAACUCAUAACAGGGGAUAAAAAACUACAAACAAUCUCAUCUAUUGCAAUUUAAAUUGGUAAGCUUUGCCAUAAUUUGGAGAACAUUUUGAUCCACACAUACAAAGUAUUUUUUCAAUGCUUUUCCUCCCCUUUUUGAACAUAUAAUAAAGUAUUGUAUCAAUGUAUUGAAUGUACAGUGGAAGGUGAAACAUAUGAAACACCAAAAUAUAUAUAUAAUGGAAAAGAAGAUGAAGAAUGAUGGAUGGCAUGUCUUAAUCUAUGCAGGCAAUGGGUUUGCCUCAAACUUUAAGGUAAAGGAGUAGGAACUAAGAAUGUCUUGCCUUGAUAGGCCCCAUUUUCACUUGCUUUGAGGCAAACUGUACAACUAAAAGAGGAUUAUUGGCAGUUUUAUAUUGCCAUUUUCAAUACAUUCUAAUGCUCAACUUUUACUGAAAAUGGUGUCUACCAGUUGUGAAAAGCAACUGUCCAAACACCAAAAUUCUAAACCCUUGGUGGAAACUGAAUUUGGUGGGUAAUUUUGUGAUCUCUGAUAUAAAGAUUUCAAUCAUAGACAGAAAUGGAGAACUUUAGUGUAGUUGAUUAUGGUAAUUUGGCUACACAAUUGAGGAAAUUUUUAGUAUAAAAAAGUGAAAACAUGUCUUAAAUAGAAGAUAUUAGUCCUAAUAUAAUAAACUUCUUAAUUAGAUUUUGCUUGAAAACUAAGUAGCAAAUAUGGUGAUCCAUAAUGUUGAAGCUCACCUUUCACCAACCAAGUAUGGUAAGUGUGGGAAAUAUGGUAAACCAACUCAAAUAUUAAUUCUUCACUCAACACUUUCUCAUUUUCCCACAAACCUUUAUAAUCUCAAUCCACUUUUGUAUCAGAUUGUCCCAUUAAGCCUUAUCUUUUUUCCAAUAUGUCAUCCAAAGCCACUGUUAGAAGACAGAUUUUGGAGAGGCAAACAUGUCCUAAAGAGAAAGAUAGGACAAGCCAAAACAUUUUAUCCAAACACCUUAAGAAAAUUUACCCAAUUGGGCUACAAAGAACCACUUCAUCACUGUCUUUAUCUUCAUUAUCAUUGUCUUUGUCCCAAAAUUCAAAUGACUCUUCUCUUACAGACUCCUCAAUCCAAUUCGAUCAGAAAAUUUCGUACGCAAUUCGCCUUAUUACGCCACCUCCUGAAAGAAGAGACGUCCCAUUGCCUAAAAAUAUCCAACAAAGUCAAGAACUUGGUGAUGGGGAAUUGAGGAGGUGCAACUGGAUCACCCAUACCAGUGAUAAAGCCUAUGUAUCUUUUCAUGACGAGUGUUGGGGCGUCCCAGUAUACGAUGACAACCGACUUUUUGAGCUACUCGCACUAUCUGGAAUGCUGAUGGACUACAAUUGGACUGAAAUUGUGAAAAGAAGGGAACUAUUUAGGGAAGCUUUUUCUGGAUUUGAGCCAAGUAUUGUUGCCAAUAUGGGGGAGAACGAGAUAACAGAUAUAGCAUCUGACAAGGCCAUUAUGCUUGUGGAGAGCAGAGUGAGGUGCAUAGUAGACAAUGCCAAAUGCAUAUUGAAGAUAGCUAGAGAUUUUGGAUCAUUCAGUAACUAUAUGUGGAGCUAUAUGAACUUUAAACCUACAAUAAACAGAUUUAGACAUCCAAGAAAUGUACCUCUGAGAAGUCCCAAAGCAGAAGCAAUUAGCAAGGACAUGGUGAAGCGCGGUUUUCGGUUUGUUGGGCCAGUGAUUGUCUACUCAUUCAUGCAAGCAGCUGGAUUGACGAUCGAUCAUCUUGUCGAUUGUUUUCGGCACAGUGAUUGUGUAAAUCUUGCAGAAAGACCAUGGAGACAUAUCUGAGUUCAAGCUUUCUUAAUUUCCCUUCAAAGUUGUGGUUAUUUUGUGAGCAUUACGUUAAAAUAUAAAUAAUUAUAUAUAGAGAAAGCGAUGAAAACUAAGAUGGAAUUCAUCAACUCUUUAUUUAUCACUUUCUGUUAGAAUGGCCAAUUCUGCAACUGAGCUUAGAACCUUAUCAUCAACAAGUGCAGAGCUCACUGUUACAAGGAGCGACGGUAAUCGACAAGUUGAAGCUGGUGGAGAAUAAGAAUGUUGUAUUUAAUUUGUUUAAUAUUUUAUCAAGAGGUGUUUCAAAAUCCUCACAUUAUCCUUCUAAUAUAUGAGAAACUAAUUAUUUUAGAUGUUUGGUGUGAAUCUCUUGAGUUUCAUCUUAUUACUGUUUCAGAAUCUAAUCACAUUACAUGAAAGAAAUUGGCUCAAAAUUGCUAAUCUUUGAAUCUUUGUGCUUUCUCAUACUUUCUAAGCAACCCCUCGCUGUCUAGAACAGAGAGAACUUAGAAUGUGCUUUAGUUCAUAAAGAACAUCAAAAUACAACUAAAAUCAAUCAAAGCAGACAUAUAAAAAAAUGAAACCUAAUUACAGUUCAUAAGGACCAAAUAUGUAG